AUGGCUUGGACCCCCGCAGGUCGUUCGUAUGGACAUCAAGACCCUUGCCAAGCUUCAUCACGCAUCCAACGUCACACACCACGACAUCUAGCUUCAUGGUGCAUCCCCUGCGCCACGCAACCCGGGAAGGCAGACAUCACCAGCAGCGCAAGUAGACAGCAAUCUUCGAUGAACCCCAUCCCAACUUCAUAUUACGUAUGUAUCCAAGAAAAUGCUCCCUCCCAGCAAUCAAUUCCCCUCCCCGCCCAUCGCGCGCAUCCACGCUCGUUGUCGUUCUUGUUGCUCAAGCCAUGCCGCCAAACCAAAAGAGAAAAAAGGGACCGGACGACCGCGACGGGUCAUUAUCGUCCACCCAAACCAACCCAGGAUAAAAAGAUGCCAAAGAAGAAAGCCCAUAAGUACAAGGAUGCGGGGCGGGCGCCAUUGCCCUAA